AUGCCCGUGGCCUCGACAUCGUCGACACGUGGCCAUCGCCUACCGUCUGACCUUUGUCCGCCGAUGGCUAAUUGGGAACCGCGUCGGUCGGCACCUCAAACAAUGGUGGACACGCUGACAAAAGAGAGGAAUUGGACCAUCGAUCACGGACCGAGAUUCACCAUCUUAUCGGCCGACGCAUCGGGGCUGUCGCCGCUACACGACGAUGCCAGACAGAUGUGCAGCGGCCCGAAGUCGAUGGCCGCCUCUGGCCAACGACCACAACACACAUGA